AUGUCGAUCCCGGGGCCCCAGAAGAUCCUCAAAACAAUAGGCGCCCUCUGGCUGUCCUCAGCAAAUGAUGAACAACCCAUAGGAAUUUCAAAUUCUUGUCCUUUGUCUGAAGUCAGCUGUCAGGCCAAGUUUAAUGGUCAAGAUACUUGCUGUUUCAAUUACCCGGGUGGUCAAAUGCUGCAGACACAGUUCUGGGAUGUCGACCCCGCGAUUGGUCCCGAUGACGCCUGGACUAUCCAUGGUCUUUGGCCUGAUCAUUGCGAUGGCGGGUUUGACCAAUAUUGUGACUCAUCAAGGAAAUACAGCAAUAUUUCUUUGAUUCUCAUUGAUGCGGGUCGCGGCGAUCUCAUUGACUACAUGGGAAAAUACUGGAAAGACUUCCGUGGUGAUGAUGCUAACCUGUGGGAGCAUGAGUGGAAUAAGCAUGGAACAUGCGUUAGCACCCUCGAGCCCCACUGCUACGACGAUUACAUUCCGCAGCAGGAUGUAGUAGAUUAUUUCGAUAAGGCUGUCGAGAUUUACAAAGAGCGAAACUCCUAUCAGUUUUUGGCCGAUGCUGGUAUUGUACCAUCGAGUCGUCAGACUUAUGCCCGAGAGGAUGUUGAAAACGCACUGGCAAAGGGCCAUGGUGCCCCUGUCACAAUUCGCUGCCGCCGAGGCGCUUUCAAUGAGAUUUGGUACCAUUUCAACAUUGCUGGAAGUCUCCAAAGCGGCAAAUUUGUCACCUCAGAUCCAGAUGGUCCGAAAUCAAACUGCCCUGCUAAAGUUCGCUACCCACUCAAGCGACCUCAGCACGAUCCAUCUAAAACCACUACUUCCCACGGCUCAGAGCCCACUGACCCAGGGACUCCGUUCGCUGGUCGGGGUAACCUAAUGGUAUCAACCUUAAACCAGAGACGUGGCUGCCUCAUUAGCUAUGGUACCUGGUAUACAUCUGGAACUUGUGCUACUUUCCAUGCGGACGAAAAGUCAGGUGAUACAUUUACCCUCAGAUCCAGCAAAGGACCGUGCUCCUUUGAUGCUGGUAGCUUUACUUGUGGAGAUGACGUCCACAGCCCCACUGAAUUUACUACUAAGGAUGACAAGCUAUCCUUUGAAGGAAAGACGACUUUCUACGCAGACAACGCGCCCAAAGGCUGGACGCAGAGCAAGAUCUAUCCCGACGAGGAGGGUCACCCAAUUGAGAUUGAAAUAACCUGGCGAGCAUAA